AUGAGCAUCCAACUUGCGGAUAGGUCAGUAAAGUACCCUCAAGGUGUUAUAGAGAAUCUUUUAGUUAAGGUCGGAGAAUUUGUUUUUCCUGCUGAAUUUGUGAUCCUUUACAUGGAAGAAGACACCGAGAUCCCACUCUUACUAGGAAUACCAUUCCUUACCACCGCACGGGCCAUGAUGGAUGUGAGUAAUGGAAAGCUAACGGUGAAAGUUGGCUACAAGGAAUUGAAAUUCGAAGUGGGACAACACAUGGAGGAUGAUGUAGUCAACUACAUCAAGGCAAUAGACUCGAGCUUGGACUACUCUCUCAGCCGGUGCAAAUUGGGAUGCGAGUCAUCCCACUCGGGAUCAAAUGCACUCCAAGGGGGACGGGAACUAGCCAAAGGAUAUUGA